ACGCCACCUUUUGGCCUUCAGACUCCACCUGAGGCCUCAGUUCUACAGAUCUCAGGUUUACGAGCCUCCUUCAUAACCGUUGUAACUCAGUCACCUGCAGGACGAAAAUGAAGAGGACAUCCGAGAUCUGCCCAUCCAGAUUGCCAGACAAUUCUGCUUUAAAGCAGCAGCAAUUGCCCGCCUGCCGGCUACAGCUCUCAGCCGCUGGAGUCCUCUCUGGCUUUUUUGCCACAGGAGCAUUCUGCCUUGGCGUGGGCAUCAUCCUUAUAUUGUCUGCGAAGAGUAUCAAGGAAAUAGAGAUUAAAUACACAAAUAUAUGUGGACAUUGUGCAAAACUGCGAGAAGAUGCUACUAACUUUGACAAAGAAUGCACCUGCUCUAUUCCCUUUUACCUUUCAGAGACAAUGAAAGGCAAUGUUUAUUUGUACUACAAAUUAUAUGGCUUCUAUCAGAAUCUCUAUCAAUAUAUUCUAUCCAGAAGUAAUAGCCAACUGAUGGGUACAGAUUUAAAGGAUGUUGGAAACUGUGCUCCAUUUAGCAAGUCCCACAAUGGGACCCCCAUUGCUCCUUGUGGUGCUAUUGCCAACAGCAUAUUCAAUGAUACCAUUAUUCUUUCAUACAACCUUAAUUCAUCUAUACAUAUCAAAGUCCCAAUGCUAAGGAGUGGAAUUACAUGGUGGACAGAUAAGUAUGUCAAGUUUCAGAAUCCAAGUACCUUUAAUCUUUCUAGUGCAUUUGCAGGAACUGCAAAGCCCCCAUACUGGUCUAAGCCUGUCUAUGAACUGGAUUUACAGGAUCCAGGAAACAAUGGCUUCCUCAACGAUGACUUCAUUGUGUGGAUGCGGACAGCUGCCUUUCCCACUUUCAAAAAACUGUACCGUAGACUCAAUCGAAUACAGUAUUUUGUUGAAGGCUUGCCUGCUGGUAACUACAGCUUCAACAUUUCCUAUAAUUUUCCAGUAACCAGGUUCAAAGGAGAAAAAUCAGUUGUUCUUUCCACCACGACAUGGAGUGGAGGCAGUAGCCUUUUCUUAGGUCUCGCCUACACAGUGACAGGAGCCGUGACAUGGUUGGCUGCCUUUUCCAUGACGGCAAUCCACUUGAUGCUGAAAGAUAGAACAAAGCUCUUCAUCGAGCAGUAAAGUCAAGUUUUAACAAGAAAACACAGAAAUGGACAGUGAAGCCACUAACAGAACCAAUGAUUUCUGACAAGGCUCAAAGAGGGAUAUUUCAUCAAGGGGAACUGGAUUGACUGACCAAUGGCAAUCCCAUAUAGACAGAUAAUGAGAGUUUCAGAGUGAACAAGAGGAAGAAGAGGGGGAGGAAGUGGUGGAGGAAGAAGAAUGAAACAGCAUAAUUAUGUAUAUAGUAAAGUGUCCUUGGAGAAGAUAAA